CACUAUCAAAUAAAAGUUUCUACACUUUUUAUUUUGUUAUUUCUUCUUCUUACUUUAGUUCGUUGCAAAUAUAAUAUCACCCCUCCACUGUUCUCCGAGCUUCUCAUUACCUCACUGAACCUUCGACUGCUAUUACUUCUUUACCGGAGAUUCUCCCUAAAAUUCAAAAUUCAGUUGCAUACAGAACUUCAAUGGCUUAUAGACGCUGCCUCCUGCAAAGAGGAAAACUCAUUGAUCGGAAAUGCCACCCUUCUUUCACCUACAUUCUCCAUCAUAGUGAUGAACGGAAACGUGAUGAAAAACCUAGUUCAACAGGAAUUCGUAAUUUUAUUCAAACGACCUCUCUUAAUGGAUCAUCGGGGUUUUCUCCAUUUGCUGGGUAUAAUUUCUGUCGAAAUAUGUCGACAAUCGAUCGCGAUUUAGAUAAGAUUACCGCAAUGACUGAUGCAGCUGAUGUUCUUAUUGAUACCUCCAUGGAGACUGUAUCUUCUCAGGCUCCAGUUGUUAGUGAAGUUGCCAUUGCUGCUGCUGAUUCUUAUUUGCCUAUACAAGCUGCGCAGUACGUUAUCGAUGCUGUGCAUUCCUACACUGGGCUAAACUGGUGGGCAGACAUAGUUAUAACAACUCUCUUGAUUCGAAUCGCAACUAUUCCAAUCUUACUAUAUCAACUCAAGGACACUUCUAAGCUUGCACUUUAUACGCUUCAGAUGAAAGAGAGGACGAAAGAGAUGAAGAAACAAGUGGAAAUGAGGACAUUGGAUCGAGAGGUUGCUUUAAAGGCUAUUGUUGAAAGUCAGAGGCCCCAAAUAGAGCGACUCAGAGAACAAGGUGUGUAUCCAUAUUUGCACUUCACGGGAUCCUUUAUUAAUUGUUCUGUCUUCAUUACUUUUUUUCUUGCGAUAGCAAACAUGGCUGAAAAAAUGCCAUCAUUCAAACAUGGUGGAGUUUUCUGGUUUACUGAUCUGUCAACUCCAGACGCCUUAUACAUUUUACCAGUUUUAACUGGACUGUCAUACUUAGUAUUAGUAGAGUGUGAUAUGCAAAAAGGAUCGGAAGGAAUUCCUUUUUCUGAAAGGAAGAAAAAUAUCUCUAGGGCUCUUGCUCUUCUUAUAGUUCCUUUCACCAUGAGUUUUCCAAAGGCUGUAUGUUGUUUCUGGAUUACAUCAAAUUUGUUUUCACUUCCCUAUGGAAUGGUGCUUAAAGCUCCCGGUGUAAAGAAAAGUUUGGGUAUUCCUGAAGUAGAUAAACCAGUAUAAGGCGGAAAAGCAAUAAAUGAUAAAACAUGUGGCAAAUAUGUUUAGAUUUUUUAUGUCAUAUUGUAUUUUCAUCCUUGGAUUAGGGGGAAAUUUGGAGUUUAGUUAAGAUAGAUUUUGCUGCGGAAGCUAAGUCCUUUUGUUAACAUGUAGAUUAUACAUUUUGUAUCUUAACAUUUUAGCAUUUUCCUAUAUUUAUUCAUGGUAUACACACAAAAUACAUGUAGGAUUUAAACCCUGGUAUACAAGUAUAACUAUCUUUGUAUGCAACAUUUUAAUGAUAUAGAUUUCUGUAUCAUUAUCCUCAAUAAUUAUCCAAUUUACCCACACAAAGUUCCCCCAGUGA